AUGUAUAGUGGUUUUCUAAGUAAAAAACUUGAAUACGAGUACAAUUCAGUUGUUAAUAGAAUGAUGAUAUUAUUGAUUGAUUAGUUAUCUUUAUAACUAUAAUUGAGUAAGCAUAAUUUUAUUUCAUAGAUUAGAUUGCAAAUAAAACUUUCUUUGACAAACAAUUUUAUAAGCUUUACAAUUAAAUUAAAGAACUUGAAGGUUAGAAAGCAUAGCCACCUAAAUUUAGUAAUUUACUAUAACCUUUACAAUUUGUUAUUCAAAAUAAUGGAAACCAACAGAUUACAACUAACUAUUAAAAUUAACAUUGUUAAAAGCCAUAUGUUCCUCCAAUUUUAGAAUAAGAUGCUGCAUUUUCUACCUAAUAUACAAAAACUUAAACUAUCUCCACAAGGGCAAAAUCAUAAAUAGUACAAGCAAGACAAUAAUAAGCAUUUUCACCAAACAAAGUUAGUCGAGUUUGCAGAUAUUCCGAUAGAAAAAAACCAAAAGUAUAAUUAAUGAAUGUUGGUGAAUUCUAUGCUGAUUUUCAGAAUGAAUCUUAAAUAUUAGGCAAAAAAUAAUAAAAUAAUGGGCAAAGGUUCCAUACUUUGGAUUAAAAUUCAAUGAUGAAAACACCUCUAAAUUUGGAAGCUUAAUAGAAUAGAGAUACAUUAAAAGUUUGA